AUGUCAUUCGUUUCAAUUGUCAUUUACAACUGUUUCCUUGGUGGUACAUCUGCUUGGAUUUAUCAUCUUGUGUAUAAUAAAGAUCUAAUACAAAAAUAUUCCCAACAUGGAUCCAAUAUUCCGCAGAACAGUAUCAAUGAGUAUCUAGAUCGCAAUCUACGGCACAUAUACCACUUGAAUAUCUUGGAUGUGAAUACAAUAGAGGACGAUAUGGAAAUGGAGGAACUAAAGCAUGGUCAACAAAGAGCACCAAACUAUCAGCUCCUGAAUGGUUUUUAUACAAAAGCAGCAAUCAAACCCGAUACGCCAUUAAAUGAGAACCAAAGAUUGAGACAAAUGAUUACCGGAAUUUUGUUUAGUUUCACCAUUGCGUUAAGUCUUGGGCUAGUGUUUGUAUUGAUGUGUGAGUUGGGAGAUUUUCUAAGUGUUGAGUCGCGACUAAGUUUAUUCAAGUUGACUAUCGAUACUUUAAUGCUUUUGCUAGUCUGUGUCUUACCUUUGGCAUGCAUCAAUCUAGUCAUAAGCAAGGACUUGGUCUUGAAAGACUUGAAAUUUACUACUGUGGCGGUCAGUAUCUGCUCUUACGCUGUAUGGUUUGUCAUUUUGCAUAAAUGUGGUGACUUGACGCAGGACUUUAAUCCAAAAAAGUUUUCUCAAGAGGAGCAAUAUACGCGAAACUUGAUGGAAAGAAAAAUAAACGAAGUUUCUAUAGUUGGUAUAACUAUAUUGGCUAUUUUAUCUGGAGCAGGCUCAGCAUCAACACCGUACCGGGUCAUCUCAAUGGACUCGUUAAAAAAAUUGACAAAUUACAAAGGUGCCAAUUCUAGCACUCUGCAAACUUCUUCAAACUCGAGUGAAGGCAUCGAACGUGAUAUCAAUUUGGCUAUUCGCAACUACAACAACACGACUUUGCUCUUGUCCAAGCGCGAACAGGAGCUUGCAAAACUACAGGCAACUGUAGGAGGCACUAUAUACAACCUACCAAAUCAAAACACCUCAUCUGACAAUGUAUUGAUUUCUAAAGGUAAUACUGGCGGCAAGAAAUUGGGGUCAAUUAUUCACAAAGUGCAGUCAUUUGCAAAUCUAUCUUUACAAGGCCAAUCCGAGGAAACGCAGUUACAACAGGAAAUUGCAUCUUUGAAAAGUUUGAAAAAGGGCUUGUACAACGAUUUAACCAACUUAGUGCAAAAAUCAUUGGUCAAGCUCGAAAAUUUAUCAUCAAGUGGGAUUUCAACUCAAAAAAUUUUGUUCUCUGCAAAUGUCGUUUUGGCUACUUAUUGUGUAUAUCGAAUAUUCAAUGUGUUUUUGAUCAAGUUGCCCUUACUAUAUCUAAACUCCAAGAAUAAUGACGAGCAAGUGGCAGAUUCUCAAAUAAUCGAAGUCGCACAAGAGGUUCCGUCGGCAAAGGAUGCGUUGGCUAUCACAAUAGCAAAAGUCAUUGUAUCUAUGUUUCGAGAUCUCCCCAUUUCGGAAACGCAACUAGUAAAUCAGUUGAGCUUUAUCCUUUCUGGAAGUUUAUUUUGUUGUUCUUUUUCAAAUGUUGUUACUACUUUCAAAUCCUUUAGCAGGAUUUUCCAGUCCAAUCUGCGAGAAUUUGAAAUUGCGAAAACUUGGUUGAAGCACUUGGUUGUUGCUGAGUUGUUUGGUGUUUAUGUGUUGGCUACAGCAUUGCUCAUUCGAACAAACUUGCCGGAAACACUUUCAAACCAGGUCUCUACCAUGUUGUCACUUUCUGGCAGUGCUGCAACAAACUCUUUAAAAGAGGUUAUGUUUGUUGACACUUGGUUUGAUAAAGUAUUUGCCGUGUCUUGUUUAAUCACCAUGGUUGUAAUAUUUAUCCGCAAAUACGUUGACGAUGAUGAUCUUCUUACAUCUGACGGGUUCUACGACGAGGAGUCUACAUUAGAAAGCAACGAGCUCAAGCUAGCCUAG